AAAAUCCUUUUUUUCAUGCUGGAUGUCACAUGCACUGAACUGAAUGAGACCCCCCCCAAUCAUCAGUGGAUCACCUACACAGCUUCAUUUGUCGCUAUAUUGUAGUAUUCACAGUUGUUAUAUACUAGGCAUAGCGUGUUCUAUACAAUGUUACUGUAACAGGUCUGUUUAAAAUGAUUUAGAGGAAGAGCAAUGUAUCAAGCAAUGUAUGAGUAUAUUGUAUAUAAUGAAAGAACAAUAUAUCAUUCAUUUGUAAUAUUCCUGAUCUCAGUAGACUUUGUCAGCUACUGCAGAACAUACACGGGGAGAAAAUUUAAAAACUAAACCUGCCAGAGAAGGUUAAGACAUGUUCCUAUAGUGCAAUACCAGCAGGAGAACAAAGCCAAGAUUCAGUUGGAAUCACAAAGAUGGCCCCAACUGGGAAUGAAAGGACUGUUCAAUAUUUCAUGUCCUUGAUAUUCUUGGUCUCGGUGCACAUGUAUGUGGAAGUCUUUCAUGUGUAUUAUUCAUUUUAAAGGAGUCAGAUGUGGCAGAUGAUGAAAGCAGGCUUUCACAUAGGUGGGCCUGUGCCUUUGUCAUGGUGGUCUGAAUAGACAGGGAAACACUUCAUCACUGCAAAAUACUGUAAAUACAAUAUUUCAAUAUUGCAAGUAAAUUUUUUCUGAUGCAAUCUAAGUUACCUCACCAGCCUUCGCUGAUUUUUGAAAGAAAAUAUUCAUUCUCCUUCGCAUGUGCUCUUGAUGACGGGGGGAUCAUAUAGUACGUUUUUUUUUGUUUUCUGCUUUUUUCACAAUGCCAAGGUUCUUUCUCCUGGGUAUAAAUAAGGAGGGGGAAAUCAGUUAUACAAUAAUUUUAUAACAACUUGGUAUAGCAGCAGCAACAACUCUGCUAUAGUGAGUGCAGUCGGGCUAUGCUGUAGCUAUGUGGGUCAAUGCACACAUAUAUUUUUCCUAGCACUCUCUUGGAGUGGUGAGCAGUAACUUUCGAUGUUCUCCGUCUACCAAGUCAAGCAUACCUAAAGAGAAACACUUAGCCUCAUGUUAGUCCAUAGACGGUAGAGAAUCACAUGUUCAGUUCUACAAGGCUUUACAAGCUUGUGUGUGACACUAGCUUAUCUGCCUCUGCCUUUAUCUUCUGCUACAUCACUACGACUGCUACACACACUAAUGGCUGAUGUUAGGAGUUUGGAAUAAUUCAGGGAACGGAUUUAUUUAUUUUUACCAUUUUUGUUCCUGUGAUUCACAACUUCACAUUGUGUAAGUAACUUUAAUUAGGUGAUCUAAAUAUGUAUUGUCAAUGUGCAUGUAAAUGUAUAUAUAUUAAACAUCUACUAGGGUCUGCAUUGAACAUUAUGGGCUGUUUUGUCUUUAAAACAUUUUUAAAAUGUUGUUGUGAUCUUCUAAUAAACAUUUAUUCUGGAUCUUUUUAUAUGAUCCAGGAAAGAAAAAGAAUCUACAACCUUUCCUUGAUGUCAUGGCAUCUAAAUCUCAUGCCAAAUUACUCACACGUUACUGGGAGAAUAGCAGUUUCAACCAAUGAAAGAUGUGACACCCAGCAUCCUUGAUCAUAUAUAUUGCAGGGCACUGUUGUGGAAAGAUUGGCUAUGGUCUUGGAUGACAAAUCAAGGGAAGGCAACAUGACCAAAAGCACAAAGACACAGAAGGCAACAAAAAUGUCUGCUGUGACGACUGGCAGCCAUCGAGAGGUGGCACAGAGGACUGCAAAGCUUUAUGAGGACAGGGAGAAGGUAAUCUAUGAAGAAUGCCUGGGAGAAGCCUCCUGCACUGGGAAAGAAGUGCGUAAAGAUGAUAAGAAGAACAGGCGAGAAGAGACCAUAACACCUACAGAGACCAAUGGGACCAUGCUGUCAGACAUGAAGGAAAAGGCCGUCCAUGAAGAGGCCAGUCCAGUGGUCAUAUAUGACCCUCGAGUGCGGGGGACAGGUGGGCAGGCCUGGAGUGGGACUGAGGAUGAUAUCACGGAGGAGCCGGAUUUUACCUCUGUGGACAGGUCUUCCUCGCUGUCCUUCCUGGACUGGCAGAACAGGGACGACUCGGACGUACAGACCACCCUGGCCAUCGAGGUGGACGUCAAGACGGAGGUGGUCCUGAUCGACGAGGACGACGACAUGUCUCUGAGGGAGAAGACGGUGACAGACGUCUCGAUGACGGAUGGGAACGCUGCGGAGCUCGUGUGUGGCCGGCUCUUGUCCAUCUCCACAGACUCGUCCUCCGAGUGCAAGGAGGAGAGCCUGGCCGCAGAGACCCCACUACCCCCCAGUGAUGACAUCAAAAAGCGCCGCUGUUGUUUUUGCACAAUCGUAUGAAUGUUUGGUAUUCUUGCACAUGGAAGGGCACAUUGAUGCACAUGAUGUAUAUAUAUACUCCCUGCACCUUCACUAGAUUGAUUUUUUUAAUUGUGAGGUGGGGCUCACUUUUAGCGUUUGUUUCAUUCAUUUUUAGCAAGUUUACUGUUAGUUAACUCAGGACAGAAAAAAAACCGGUUGUAGUUACUGUGAGUUCUAAAUUCUCACUAAUGUUUUUGCGAAGGGUUUUGUAAAAUUUGUAAAAUUUUGUUUUGUAUGUCAAAUUUUGUUUCUAGACUAAGCUAUACUAUUCUCAAUAUGUCCAUUGUUUCACAGUCCGGGGGCUUACAUGACGCUGUAAACAUUGACAGUGUGUCUGUCUCACUUCUUAGAGUGAACCUUUUGUCAAUUGUGUAUCAUUCAAUGUCACUUCUUUGAAAAACAAUUCAUACAUAAAUAGGUUUACAUUUAAUAUGGUUAUUGUUUCACUUGUGGGAAUUCUGUACAUGCUACAGUUGCGGUUAUCACUCUCCAGAGAGUUUUCUGAAUGGACUGAAAAGCACUGGUGGAUAUUUAGGGUACACACCAAACUCCUAGCCUGACGAUGUCAUACUCAUAAUUCUAGUCAGAAU